AUGUCGACAGCGGCCGGUGCUGAGCAGCAGGCGGACUCGCCGCCGUGGUGGGCCUCGCUGCCGGAGCCCAAGGCCUCGUGCCGCCGUCUCGAGCCGGCCGACGUGAUGCAGCUGCUCGAGAGCCAGUCGAACCUCGACGCGCGGCGGCAUCGAAGCUUCCUCCUCGUCGACGUGCGCAGGACCGACUGGGAGGGCGGGACGCUGGCGUCGUCCAUCAAUCUGCCCGCCCAGUCCUUUUAUCAGACGCGCCCGGUUGUCUAUCAGCUCUGUAAGCAGGCUGGCGUCAAGACCAUCAUCUUUUACUGCGGGAGCUCAACCGGUCGCGGCCCGAGGUGUGCUGGCUGGAUGCAGGAUUAUUGUGACGAGAUGGGCGAAUUGACCAUGAUUGCCGCAGUCUUGAAGGGGGGCAUAUCGGGUUGGCAAGAGGCAUAUGGCGGCAGAAUGCUGGAUUGGUAUGAUGAAAAGUGCUGGGCCAAGUCAGGCUCAUGA